CAUAUCGAGGUUAAUUCCUUUGUGAUGGAAGGCAUAGGUUUAAACUGGACAGCCUGCAUCAACUGUGGCGCCAAAUGGAAGACGUGGACAGGCCAUUUAAUACGACUUGCGAAAGUGGACCAAGUUAACACAUUGCAUCAUGAAUGUCACCAAUCCCAGCCCCCCAACUGCCCUACAGAACGCACUACCUCCAUUCAAUGCAUACAUCAUGAUUGGACCGGUGGUGUUGGGUGCGCUCGUCAAUGCCUGCCUCUUCGGCGGUCUCAUCGUUCAAAUUUAUAUCUAUUAUGCAAAUUUCCCCAACGAUCAUCGAAUGAUGAAGCUUACGGUAGCAGCCAUCCUCGCAUCGCAGAUUGCACACGUGAUUUGUGUAUCAGCGACACUAUGGAAGGCUGCUGUCAGCGGCUAUGGCAACCCUCUGACGCUGUUAGUCUUCCCACAGGGAGCAGAUGCAGCGAUCCUCUUCACUGCAAUUACAGGGGCACUGGUAGAGUCAUCCUUCGUGUUUCGGUUGUGGAAGCUUUCGAAAACACUUGCUUUGCCCCUUGUCUCGCUGGCACUCUGUUUAUUGGCUCAGUCUAUCGCGCUCGUGAUGACAGUGAAAGCUUUCGCCAUGACAAACCUUGUGACAUUCGAAAUUGAUGAAAACAGACUGAUCACGCUUUCACUCACCUCGCGUCUGGUUUGUGAGUUGACACUUACCCUGUCCAUGGUAUGGUACCUGAGGAAGCAACGGUCGUCGACAUUUUCAAGGACAACAGCCAUGAUUGACCGUUGGGUUCUGUGGACUCUCGAAACUGGCCUUAUAACUAGCCUGGUUGUGGCCUUUAUCAUGAGCUUCUUCCUAGCAAUGAAGCAGAAUUACAUAUGGGUUUCAAUAUAUGCAAACCUUGCUACUGUGAAUGCGAACUCGUUACUUGCAUCGCUUAACGGCAGAUUGAUCCUCCGAAGCGUGCCGAACACAAGUUUCAACAUGAACACUCUGAGUAGUUCAGCUGGUGGGCGUAGCGGUAAAACCGAGUCUGUGGUGAUCAAUGUCACGCAGACAGUCGGAAGUGUUCCAGGUGUUUUUAAAUACGAUGAAGGUGAAGCUUAGGUUCGAGAAACUAGAUUAGUGACGACAACGGCAAUUCAUGCGUUAUAUGAUGAAGCUGUCAACCAAUUUCA